AUGACAACUGAAGUUGGCUCAGAGACUGAAGUAAAAAAAGAUUCUGAGCAGCUGGGACCAGACAAAGCCAAGGACAAGCCUGAAGAAGCAUCAGAGGCUCCAGAAAAUCAAAAGUCCAGGGAAACAUCCUCUGAAGAAGCUCAAGAUUCUUCCUCUGUCCCGGCACCAACUAGCCAAAGUAGUCCAAGUAGCCAGAAGAAAGAAAAAACUUCACCUGAAAGCAAGGGUAUUUCUCGUUUCCUUCCCCCCUGGCUUAAGAAACAAAAAUCAUACACCUUGGCAGAGCCCAAAGAUGAGACCAAGAAAAGGACCACAGGGGAAGAACAAGUAGUUGAAGAAAGUGAAGGCCAGUCGCCAGUGGGGGUGGCUCAGCCAAAAAAGAGCUUAGAAGAGGCAGCGGCUGAAUAUCAGCAUAAUGCUAAAGCAGAUGAUAAAGAAAAGCACUCUGUUGGUAGUGCUGAAACACAGACUGCCAAAGAAGAUGGUAAAGAAACGGAAGUAGAGAAAGUUGCAGAGGAAAAGGAAGAAAAACAAGAAGCAAAGGAAAAAAGGGAGACAAAAGAAGUGCAGACAGCUGAAAUGAAAACAGAAAACAUUCCUCAGAAGUCUCCCAAGAAAAUUAAAACUGUGCAGUGUAAGGUGGUGCUGCUGGAUGGCACGGAAUACAACUGUGACCUAGAGAAAAGAGCAAAAGGCCAAGUGCUCUUUGACAAAGUGUGUGAACAUCUCAAUUUACUGGAAAAGGACUACUUUGGGCUGUUGUUUUAUGAAAAUUCAGAACAGAAGAACUGGCUAGAUUCUUCGAAGGAAAUUAAGAGACAAAUUCGAAGUUUACCUUGGAUAUUCACCUUUAAUGUGAAGUUUUAUCCCCCUGAUCCUUCACAGUUGACUGAAGACAUCACUAGGUAUUUCUUGUGCCUACAGCUUCGUCAGGAUAUUGCUUCUGGUCGACUGCCAUGUUCUUUUGUGACUCACGCCCUCCUUGGUUCAUAUACACUGCAGGCUGAGCUGGGUGAUCAUGACCCAGAGGAGCACCGCAGUGACUAUAUCAGAGAAUUUCAAUUUGCACCCAAUCAAACUCAAGAAAUGGAAGAGAAAGUAGCUGAGCUGCACAAAACACACAGGGGCUUGACUCCAGCACAGGCGGAUUCCCAGUUCCUAGAAAAUGCUAAGAGACUCUCCAUGUAUGGAGUGGAUUUACAUCAUGCCAAGGAUUCUGAAGGUGUGGAUAUCAUGCUGGGUGUAUGUGCUAAUGGACUGCUCAUUUACAAAGACAGACUCCGGAUCAACCGCUUCGCUUGGCCAAAAAUUCUGAAGAUUUCCUAUAAGCGAAGUAAUUUCUACAUCAAAGUCAGGCCAGCAGAACUGGAACAGUUUGAGAGCACUAUUGGAUUCAAACUGCCAAACCAUCGGGCUGCUAAAAGGUUAUGGAAGGUUUGUGUGGAGCACCAUACUUUCUUCAGGUAA